AUGGGGGCGGUCGAGAGGAAUCUGCGGUUUUCUCACAACUUGCCUCGAACCGGAUGCAUCUGCAUUAAACAGGCCGGCCCUGGGAGACUGGAAGCGUCGCGGUUUCGGGGUCAAAGCUGGAAAUAAGUAAACACGGGGUAUUCGCAGAGAAAUAAAAAAAUGUCCCGAAAGCUGCGGCCCAACGAAGUGUGCGCCGACUGCAGCGCCUCAGAUCCUGGUUGGGCAUCGAUAAAUCGUGGAGUGCUGGUUUGUGACGAAUGUUGCAGUGUUCAUCGAAGUCUUGGUCGACACAUUUCAAUGGUGAAGCAUCUCCGACAUAGCUCAUGGUCUCCAACACUGUUACAUAUGGUACAGACCCUAGCAAGCAAUGGAGCCAAUUCAAUCUGGGAACACUCUCUACUUGAUCCAGCCCAAGUACAAAGUGGAAGGCGCAAACCAAACCCUCAGGAUAAAGUGCAUCCUACCAAGGCGGAAUUCAUAAGAGCCAAAUAUCAGAUGUUGGCAUUUGUGCACAAACUGCCGUGUCGAGAUGAUGAUGGUGUUACCACAAAGGAUCUUAGUAAGCAAUUGCACUCCAGUGUACGAACAGGGAAUUUGGAGACGUGUAUCAGGCUACUCUCCCUGGGAGCACAGGCCAAUUUCUUUCAUCCGGAGAAAGGUACCACUCCUUUGCAUGUAGCUGCCAAAGCGGGACAAAUACAUCAAGCUGAACUUCUGGUUGUUUAUGGUGCAGAUCCUGGAGCACCUGAUGUUAAUGGUAGAACGCCAAUAGAUUAUGCCAGACAAGCAAAUCACCAUGAGCUUGCUGACAGACUGGUAGAGUGUCAAUAUGAGCUUACAGACAGAUUAGCAUUUUAUCUUUGUGGGCGGAGGCCAGAUCACAAAAAUGGGCAUUAUGUCAUCCCCCAAAUGGCCGAUAGUAGCUUGGACUUGUCAGAACUAGCUAAGGCAGCCAAAAAGAAACUUCAAGCACUGAAUAACCGACUUUUUGAAGAACUUGCGAUGGAUGUUUAUGAUGAAGUUGAUCGCCGUGAGAAUGACGCAGUGUGGCUGACCACACAGAACCAUAGCACUUUAGUGACCGAGCGUAGUGCUGUACCCUUUCUUCCAGUUAACCCAGAAUAUUCUGCAACUAGGAACCAGGGACGACAAAAGCUUGCUAGGUUUAAUGCCCGAGAGUUUGCAACCCUGAUUAUUGAUAUUCUUAGCGAUGCAAAGAGGAGGCAACAUGGAAAGACGCUAGGUAGUCCGACGGAAACUGUAGAUUAUCUGCUGCGGAACCAGAAUGACCGUCCUGACAGUGAUUUUGGAGAUGAUCAGCAUGAUUAUGAUAGUGUAGCUUCGGAUGAGGACACAGACGCUGAAUUGCACCGAAACGCAUCCUCGUCGAGAAACAAUAGAGCUAAGAGCAUGGAUUCAUCUGACUUGUCAGAUGGUCCCAUAACACUGCAGGAGUAUUUGGAAGUGAAGAAAGCUUUGGCUGCAUCUGAGGCCAAGGUUCAACAACUAAUGAAAGUAAAUAACAACCUAAGUGAGGAACUGCGCAGACUUCAGCUGCAGAUGUUGUGGAUCUCUUUCAUUACAUGUCAGAUUAACAAACUGCAGACAGAGAAUGCACAAAUGAAGCAACAAACUCCUAGUCUGCAUCCAUCAUCAGCUGCCAGUGACCGCCAGGAGCUUGCCCCUCACACAAGUACAAAUAGACGCGAUCGGCAAGCUGUUUCCAUGUAUGAAACCAGAUCUGGGCAGAAAUCUUUUGGACAAACUACCGAUGAUAUUGUCACAAGACUUCAGCCUUUGGACUGCAGUAUUCGCAGGGGUGUCUCCGUGACCUCUGUACCCUUUCCCUUCUCUGCACAGCAUUCCUGUUCACAGGACUGCGGCAGAUCCGUGGUUAAGUACCAUCUCAGUUGGGCUCAAGUGUCCAAACUAGACAAACGUGGCAGCGGAACAGACAGUGAUUAUGACAAUACCCAGGCCAUUGAACUGCCACCAGGUAUUGCUGAUGGGAAGAUGGGAAGGGAUGAUGACCUCCAUCUAGAGUUUGAUGAGCAUGAGGGUGAACUCGAUCCAAGCCUUCCCAGUACAGAGGAUGUAAUCCUUAAAACAGAGCAAGUCACCAAAAACAUCCAGGAGCUGCUUCGAGCAGCACAAGAGUGUAAGCAUGAAAGUUUUGUGCCAUGUUCUGAAAAGAUUCACUCUGCUGUUACUGAAAUGGCUUCUCUUUUUCCAAAGAAACCUUCGCUGGAUACAGUUCGGUCUUCUUUGAAAUUGCUAAAUGCUAGUGCCUUCCGACUGCAAUGUGAAUGCAGGAAAACAAUUCCACCAGAGCCUGGUGCACCAGUCGAUAUUCAGUUGCUUACACAACAAGUCAUCCAGUGUGCCUAUGACAUUGCCAAGGCAGCCAAGCAGCUGGUUACUAUAACAACCCGUGAAAAAAAACAAUGAUGGUAAAGCACUUCAAUCACAUUCCAUAUUUUUCUGCUGUACAUUUGGGAGACUAAAGAAACGCAUAUUUCUUCAAAAGCAAACUGAAAUCCCUGUACAUAUGCUGAUUCAAAUAUUGUGGAUUUUUUUUUUCUGUGAUAGACUGUUUUGGCUUUCACGUUGAAGAAGGCUAAGAAAGGUUAGAUCUCCAGUUUUGUGGUAGAAUGCACCAGUCAUACUUAACCAGAAUUGCUACCACUACAUAAAUGACUUGGCCAAAGCAAAAGUUGCAGUGCAGUGAUGGCCAAUAACUGUCAACUUUGGACAUUUUGGCAAGAUGUAAAUAUUUACUUUUUUGACCAUCAGGUGAUGUUACACUGGAAUUCUUAACUCCUCAAUAUAAGUUGUUUUGAAAAGUACUAUGUGCUACAUAGGUGGAUAUUAACGCUGUAAAAUUUCAGUGCGACAAGGCAUCUUGCGUCCCAUUGACUUGUAUGGAAGAACUACAAGCAAAUCAUUUCAGCCACAUAGCCAUACCUUGAAUAUUUCUCUAAGUUCUUGUCUGAGAGUAUCUAGAUUUAACAUGGACUGUCAAUGGGUUACUUGCUGCUUUAUUUUUCCGUCACCUGAAGCUGAAGAACCAUGGACCCUGUUAAAAGCUGUCAAAGAUACCAAGAGUGGGGUGCCUUUUCAUAUAGGAAACUGUGAACCUGUCUGUAACUGGCAACUAUCAAUACCAUUGCAUCUUUGUGCAUUGUAUGCCUUAUAACAGUUGAAUCUUGUUGAAUGGUAGUACCCCAUAGUAGUGUAGUUUCCACUCUUUGCUUUCUUAGUGACCACUAAAGGUCAUAAAUCUUAGAGUGUAAGUUCAUAGUUCAGUAAAUUACUGUGCAAGGGCUCAAAAUGCCACUUGAUUACAACAAUCGGUUAUAUUGAAAGUUCGCCAUUGUUUAAAAGUCUAAACACUAUUCUUUUCAUGUGUAUCACUUCCGAAAAUUUGGAAGAGAAUAUUUUCUUGAGCCACCUAGCAGCAACUGUACAGGAAUACUUUUGAACAUGUAGCUCCAUGUUGCCCGUAGGCACCGAAUAUAGGGGCAUUAUGCUGCCAGUAUGUUUCAUUGUACAGCAUACUGACAGUAAAGGUUAAUGGAGUGACCUAAGAGAAUGGCCAUUGCUAUACAACACUAAAGUCUGCUUUUUGUUACUCAGAGUUAAGAAUCAUGAUGCAUUUAUUCACUUCUUAGAAAAUGUUCAUCCUUAGUUACAAGAAGUAACAUUUACAAGGCGGAACAAAAAACACUAUCUCCAGCAUUUAUGCAUUGACUUGACAUUUCAGUGAAAGAAAAUCUAUAUAUAAUAACUCCAGGAGAUCUGAACUUUGAAUGGGAAGUGAUGUCACCUAAACUUUUACAGAUUUUUUUUUAAUUGAGCUUUCCACUUAGCAUUAACAAUUUGGAAAUUAAAUUGGAAUGCUAGAAUUACAGCUUCAAAUGUCUGAAACUAAGUUAAUUGAAAGGGAAUAGUAAUUAGAGAGACUUUUUCAAUCUUUAUAUUAAAAGAAGCUUCAAUAAGUGAGAUUCUUCAGUCAGAGGUAUGAACACUUACUCAGAUUCUUUUUUAAACCUAGCCUGAUUGAAUCCUAAGGCGUUCCAGAUUUGAGUGCAAAUUUAGUAUAUUAAAGCAAACUAGUAAAUGUGUCAUUUCAUUAUGUUAAAUGCUAGAAAUUUUCAUCACUCUAAACCAGGGUAACCAAAACCACUGCAUCCACGACACUAGGAUGAAUCAGUGGAUGAAUUCAGCUUGGGUGAAGGAUACUAGUUAAAGUCAAUUGUUGACUGAACAUGGAAGUAUUGCAAAUCUUUUUACUUGUGUUUAUUUAAUAAAUGCUCAUCAAAGCCAGAGGAAGAUUUGGUACUGAAUAAUGUACUAACAUUAUAAAAUUUGAUAACUCUUUGUAUCAUGAAACAGUAAUACUAUAGUAUGCUAUUCGGCUAAGAAAAAUACAGAAUUAAAGGCUGUUUCAGGGCAUGUUGCAGACUAAUCAUGCAGUAUGUGGGCAGUGGGGCUUUGUUCUUUUGAACUGCCUCAAGUAUCUUCUUAACUUGACAUCACAUUUAGAUUUAGACCAUCUCUUAGAGCAUUUAUUAAGAAUGACUCAGAAAAGCAAGAGAAGGUGUUUGUGCUGCGAUUGUUUUAUAGGAAAGCUCCUGCUGGGAUGUUUGGCAACAGCAAGGGUAAAAAUCAAUAGUCUGACCUUGUUUGACAUUUGUGAUAAUGACUCACUACUGCCCAAUUCAAACGCACUAUUUCGAAAUGCUAACAUCCUGUGUACAAGUGAUAUUGUUUCCGCAUUGCCUUUACCCCAGAGUGUUGUGUUUUUUUUUUCUUUGAUUCUGUAAGUAUCAAGUCUUGUUUACAAAGGUCCUGAAAUGUUAUAGAUUUUCUUCCAGAACAUGUCCAAUUAGAAUGCCUUAACCACUAGUUUUUAAACUUUGGGAAGCAAUUAUCCAAUGGACAUACAACAAUCACAGAACAAGCUAAUUUUGUCAGUAAUUUGCAAGUUCCACGUGUUGCAAAAAUAACACCUCGCCUAGUUACAGAAACAUUUCAGAACAGGCUUUUAACUGUCAUGACUUUCAAGGUGCCUUCUGCUUACCAUGGAUUGAUUUGUUUAUCUCCUGAGUCAAAUUGGGGUGCCAAACAAGCGGUAAGUUUAGUGUUCUUUACAGCAGGGGUAAAUUUGGCAUCCAGACCAACAUAGUGAUUCAGUACAUAGGCGAAAACUGUAAGUUCAUUAUCUGUUUAAUUUUACAAAAUCCGGCUCUAAAUAAUAGUCUCACAAAUCUGGGAGAAAUUAAAUAUACUGUAUCUCUAUUAAAUGUGAUUUGAUGGUAUCAUAAAUUUAUUUCCUGUAGCCUCUUUAACACUGCUUAUAAUCGUGUUGUCUUAGCUAUUUUUAACCUUGAAUUAAUGCAGAUGUAAAACUAGAACUACGUACAGCAUAAUCCCUUCCCUUUCUCACUGAGCGACACAGUGAGAAAUAGGAAUAUAUCAGCAAGAAUUUUAAACGAGGAUUACAAAAGCAUUGUGCUUUUAUAUUCCCCGUUAGUAGCUGUUAACUUACCUGACGUUGUAAGUUUCAUUGUCACUUUGGAAAUCCCUUCCAGCAUUCAGUAAAUUCUGGCCUUAAGGGUGGAGUAGAGAGGGGAGCAUAUUGAAUUUAGUGUUUCUAUUCUGAGAACGGAGAAUGUAUUAACUAAAAGAACUUAUAAAACUAUGAUUUAAAAAUUUUGAAAUUGCAGUAUAAUUAACACUAUCCCUCAAAACAGUAAUAGCCAAUUUGUCAAAAAGGGUAUUUACAUGAGUUAGUUGAUUAUGAUAUUGGAGCACACUUGAAGGGAGUGUGUGCGUCUAUGAUGUUUACCAUCUAUCCAUGCACUACAAUAAGCUACUGCAAAAUCAAUAUUCCACCCUGUGGAAUAGUUUGAAGCACAUGAAUGCCAAGAUGUAGAAUUUUACCAGUGAUCUUCUAAAAUUGAUCUGUUAUGAUGCAACAGAAACAUUCUAGAGGGGAGUGAUGUCUGACUUAUAAUAUUGCAACACAUCUUUGAGGCACUAGAACUUUACCAAUAACAGUUUGAAAUGUUAAUUUUACACUCACAAAAAUGAUGUAUAUAUUCUAAAGUAAACCAGUACUGUGGAUGGUUUCUAUCCAAUCCCCUGGAUUCAGAUGUUUAUAAACUACAUUUCAUACAGUUUUAGAAUGCUUUCUAAAUGGAUCCCUCUUGGGUCCAGCCUUGUAAUUGUUUUAUAUGUUCCAUUACUAACCCUUGAUGUGGUACAAAAGUUUUAUUGAAAAAAAAUCCAAAUGUCUGAUAACUCAAAUGGUGUUAAGCAUGCACUUUUGGACAAUUGAGUGCUAAAAGUUAUAUUUAACAAGAUAGUCAGUGACCUGCUUACUGUUUCUUUUGUGCAAUGAAUGCUAAUUGUAACUAAUGCCAUUUAGAAAUGCACUCUAUUGUAGAUGGUAGUGGAAAUGUGGUGAUGGUGGUGAGCUUCCUUGUAAACUCAUCUAUUGUACAUUUGUAUUGAAAUAAAUACAUGCAGUUGUGCACAA